CAACCAACGGAAGCAAAUCCGAGCUCCAAAUCCCUAGAAAACUCCAUCUCGAUCUCCAAGUCCCAGAUAUCGGUCAUUCUCCGAUUGCAGAUGCUGGUAGACGUUCUCUUCCCCUCGUGGUGGGAGGUUGAGGUGGCGGUCUCCUCUGCGAUCCUCUUGAUCGCUGCUUACCUCAUCUUUUGGGAGAGCUCUACCUCCUCCUCCAAAGGAAGCGAGCUCGAUUGGCCUCGCUGUAGGAGUGAAAUAACAGCAGCGAAUAGGGAGAUUGUUCUUGAAUCCGAGGACAAGGAGGAGAAAUGUCCAUCAAAUGAAGACUUGCUUGGCACUUCUCCAUAUCUUGUCAAGUUGGAACUACUGGCGGCCAAGAACCUAAUUGGUGCAAACCUGGAUGGCACAUCAGAUUCUUACGCAAUAAUUAGUUGUGGCGGACAAACCCGGUAUAGCUCAAUGAUACCCAGCUCAAGAGACCCUUUAUGGGGAGAAGAAUUCAAUUUCUUUGUAGAUAAGCUCCCUAUUCAGAUCUGUAUAACAUUUUAUGACUGGGAUGUAGUACGAAAAUCCACAGUCCUUGGGUCUUUGGUUGUUUCAGUAGAAGAAGGCUAUACUGGGGCAAGCUGGUACACUUUGGAUAGCACAUUGGCAGAGGUCUGUCUGCAUAUUAGUUCAUUUAAACUACCUGCAGUUUUCUCAAGGUCAUUUAGUAGUUUUAUCAUAGCAGAUGCACGCAGAAGGUUGUCAUCAGAAAUUCAUCAUAAACCUGGGCCUCUGCAGACCAUAUUUAAACUACCUUCAGAUGAGGUUAUUUGCCACAGUUAUUCAUGUGCUCUUGAAAGAUCAUUUUUGUACCAUGGGCGCAUGUAUGUCUCUGCAUGGCACAUUUGCUUCCAUUCUAAUGUUUUCUCUAAACAAAUGAAGGUGGUUAUUCCCUUUGGUGAUAUAUAUGUGAUCAAAAGGAGCCAACAUGCUUGUAUUAAUCCUGCAAUUACAAUAAUUCUCCAGAUGGGUUCUGGCGGACAUGGUGUGCCUCCUUUAAAAGGUUUAGAUGGUCGAGUCAGAUACAAAUUUGCAUCAUUUUGGAAUAGGAACCAUUCAAUAAGAGCUCUAUGGCAUACCAUAAAACUAUACCGAGCACGAUUGGAUGCUGAGAAGCAAAUAUGGAUGCAAUCAGCAUUGCGUGCAUGCAGCAGUUCUGUCUACAAUGAUACAAAGCAAAUAAAAAGUAUUAAAGGAAAUAUAGCCAAGACUAAAAGAUUACAAGCUUUCAUCAACGAGAAGGCUCUAUUUUGCUCUGUCAAUGAUAUUUUCCCAUGUACAGCCAAGCAGUUCUUUACUUUGUUGUUAAGUGAUGAUUCAAAGUUUAUUGAAGAGUUCCUGGCAGCAAAAAAUGAUACUAAUCUUAGUUCGGGCAAGUGGCAGAUUGCAGAUGAUUAUGAUGGUUUGGUCCGUGAACUAACAUUCAGGUCGCCAUGUCACAGUCCAUUGUGCCCUCCAGAUACAGCCGUCACAGAGUGGCAACAUGCUGUUCUUUCAAGUGACAAGGCAACCUUGGUUUAUGAGACAGUGCAGCAAGCUCAUGAUGUUCCUUUUGGUUCCUGCUUUGAGAUCCACACCAGAUGGACAUUGAGAACAACCACCCAGAGUUCCUGUUCGAUGGAUAUACGAAUUGGUGUAAAUUUUAAGAAGUGGUGCAUUUUGCAGUCCAGAAUAAGGUCUGGAGCCACUGAUGAGCAAAAGAAAGAGGUGGAGCGGUUUAUGGCGGCAGCUCGCGCAUAUCUUCUUACUUCCAAGUACUCAACCAUGGAGAUGGAUGAAGCAUCAGCUUCUUCUCCUUCCUCAACUAAUUAACGAUGGUGAAAAAAGACAUUAAUUGUUGUCUUCUUUUGGGGUGUUUCUCAUUGAAUCAUUUAAUCUAAUUGAUGAUGUCCUGUUACAUUUGCUGUGUCAAUCAAAAUUUUAAGUCUCCAAUCAA